AUGCCGACGUCCACUGCGCCCGAGCGUCGCUGCAAACAGCAAGAGAUUCUCCGCAAGAUCCUGCAGCGUCGAUACGUCCGACGAUGGGCGUCCAAGUCGGCCCAGGAGCGAAAUUACGUGGCCGAGAACCUGCAACAGCUCUUUUACGCGUCGUCGACUCUGUCUGCCUCGUCGCUUGCAGCGUCGCCCAGCGCCCCCCGACGGAUCACACGUCGUCCCAAUACGCACGAGAUCCGCACGUGCGUUCUCUCGAGCGUCUGCCCGUGUUUCCCGCCGUCCUGUGACGCUCUGCGCGCUGAGAUUUGGCAAGUUCUGCUCGACGUCUCGAAGCGCUCGCAACAUGGCGCGGCCGCCCACGAACAGCUGCUGGACCGGACGCUGCAGCGCGUGAGCAAAUUGCCGCGCGAUGCGCUGUUGUGCCGCGAGUGUCGGGACGUGGCGAACUUGAUGCCCGAGCCAAUGGACGCUGCAGCUCGGGACCGUGUGCAGCAAGAACUGGAGGUGCUGCUCAUGUGGUUCUUGUCGACCAAAAGCGUCGUGUACGUCACGGGGAUGGCUCGUGUCGUGGCGUCGUUUGUCACGCUGCAGAUGCCGCUCUCGACGGUCUAUGACUGCUUCUACCAGUUUUGUGCGACGUUUGUGCCACACUUUGUUGUCGCUGAUACGGUCAGUGUUGCAGACAAUACGACGAGUCUAAGCGGAGGGCUCUUACCAGGCAGUCGUCGAUCGAGCAAUGCUAGUUCGGAUGAAGCAGGGAACACGGGAUCGAUGAGUGCGCUUGAGCGCUCGAGCUCUGUGGACUCCUCGUCGUCGGUCAGUGAAGAAAGCAAACGGCGUGCUGACGACGAAGAGACGCAGACGUUGACGCGCGAGCGACAGCAGCUGGUCGACCAGCUACUGAGCUACCACGCGCCACAGCUCGCGCAUUAUUUGAAUCAAUGGUGUGGCAAUGAAUGGAGUGUGGCGGGCAAGUUGUUUGCUGCUGACUUCCUGAUAGGCCAUUUGUACCAAGUUAUUCUGCCCAGCGCGUUCGUGUACGUGAUCGACCAGUACUUGCUCACGGGCGACUCGCUCUUCGGACUCUUUGUUGUAACAGCAGCACUGAUUGGGCGACAAGACGUGCUGCUAAGCUGUGGGUCGACUGAGGAAGUGCAAGCGCAAAUCCGUGCGACAUUCGACCCCAAAGCGUUUGACGAUGAGGAGAAUGUUCGUUUUCUGUGCUUGUUGGCCUCGCGUCUACGCAGCAAGACCCCCAAGACCUACAUGUGCUCGCAGCGCGAGGCCACGGUCGACAUGCGAUGCUCGUCGCGUCAAGCGAUCGAGAUUGCUUUCGGCUCGGGCGCGGGCAUGGCUGCUGAAAAAGUGCGAGCAAUGUCCCGAAGCAGAAGCAUGAGUGGACCGUCAUCUAGUGGUCUUAGUGCGCCGUCGAGCUCGGACCGAAAAUCGACUGCCGAAGCUGCGGUGGAUAUGUCGCAGUGGGUUAUGAAGGAGUCGCGCUCGAUCGCGGGUAAAAUAUUCUGGUAUCACACGCAGACAGGAAAGACGCAGUGGGAACACCCGGCAGAGAAACACGAUCCGCCGUCAGCGUAUUUUGCGCUUCCUAUCAGUGUUGACGAAGUGGCUGGCCAGCUCAUGGGAUGUAGCGAGAAGACCGGCGAUCCGCAGGAUGUGGGUAGCAGCAGCAUUCGUUUUUUCGUCGUGGACUGCCGGGGGUUACGCAGCUCGGGGGAUCUGAAGAGCGGUCGAAUCCCGGUGGCGUACACUUUGGACCCGUCCGUGUUCGACUCACCAGAGCUUUUAGCGAAGAGCAUGGAAGCUUUCGAUCCAAUGAAGUCUCAAGUUCAUGUCGUGUUGGUCGGCCAUGGUGUGGGUAUUCCUCCUGAGCUGGUUUCGUCCGAAGACGCUAAAACCAGCAUUCGUGAUGCUGUUCGUCUGGAUAUUGACUGCCUGAACCAGGCCGCGCUGUUUUUCCAAAAGCGUGGGUUCCGUUUUGUAAGUACGCUGGAUGGAGGAUACUCGUCAUGGCACGCGUUCAUGCGUGACCGCGCUGGUUCCUCACCGCAGGAGCUGCUGGACCACGUCACUGAUCAGUGUGUGUACUGCCGUUAUGAUACAAUUCUUCGCACGGGCGAGGAUCCGUUGAAGAAAAAGCCAAAGCAGAAGAUGUCGCGACGCAAAAAGACAAUGCCGAAGAUGACGUCGAUGCCAGUGAACGGAGGGGAGGGCGACGCGAGCAUUACCUCGACAAGCGAAAGUACCGCAGCUAACAAUGGCAGCAGCAACCGAAACAGUGCGCGCAGCGGUAGACGUCAGUUGUCCCUUCCUCGCAAGUCGAUUAGUUCGAUGAGGAGUAAGCUGUCCGAGGUGUCGAUUCCGAAGAAGUGGGGGUGGAGACGGCGGACGUCGAGUACAGCGAGUAACCAAAACGACAGCGGGUCGUCAUCGGAGACGGCGACGGCAGAAGAUGGAGGCAGCGACCAUGGUUCAAUUAAUGACGACCUGGAACAGAAAUAUGACGAGGUGACGCACGAGAUGCUGCGUGCUGCGCUCGAAGAGCCCGACGACCUGGACGCGGAUGCUGGUGCAGACAUAGAUGCUAGUACGGAUGCCAAGUUUGAGGGCGUGUUUACGAUAGACGACAGCGAUGGUGAAAACGGAGACGAAGACGAAGAAAAGAAGGAGGGACAGGUGAUCGAGACCCGCACCCGCUCACUAGAUGCUGACGAGUCGAACGGCGUUGGGUCUGCAACGACUGCUACUUCUUGA